UAUUUUUGAUAGCUUUCACGGUCUUUCCGGGAAAAGGGGUUGUUUGUUUCCUUCAAUUGGAGUGUGUUGGGGAACUGAAUUUGAAUGUGGAGAAAUGAAGAUGAUGGAGCGAAGACAGAAUCGAACUCCACAAGACCAAAUAGCUAGGAUUCUGGUUGAAUUUUUGGAGGUGGCUAUUACUGCUGUUGUUUUUCUCAAAGGAGUUUAUCCUUCUGGUGCCUUUGAGCGGAGAAGGUAUAUGAAUGUGGUGGUUCAAACGGCUAGCCAUCCUCAGCUUAGAUAUUACAUACAUGCCACUGUUUCAGGGCUUCUACCCUUUAUACAAAAGGGAAUGGUGGAGAGAGUAGCUGUUAUUUUCUUCAAUGCUGACAAUGUUCCACUGGAGAAAUUUGUAUUCAAGCUUGCAAUGAACCAAACUUAUAGUUCAGAGGUGGAAGAGGUUGAUCUUGAGUUCUCUCUCAGAUCAUUUCUCAUCAAACUGUCAAACUCAGAAUCUCUUUCUAAAGGGCUUCCUCCUGAUUGCUGGUGGGAGAUAACUGGUUACUUUCGAUCCCUUCCUGAGACUGGUACAAGCAAGGAAGCAGACUUGUGGAUCCCUACUGACACAAAACAAUGGCAGCAGCCUCCACUUAUAACCCCUAUCAAGUCAAUGAGUAGUGAACCUCUGUGUUUACAAUUGUACUUGGAGCAUCCAUGUUUAUCAGAAUCAUUGCUUUGAGAAGGGAACUCAAAGCCGCAGUACAUAUUAUACAUGUAUGGUAAGAAUGUAGGAACCUUUUUUUAUCAUAAUUUUGAAAUCUCAAUGUGAUUUUGUUAUUUCAUUAUGUUUUUGGUUCAUUAGAUAAUCAGCAUACUUUUACUGAAAAUUGCUGUCAUGUUUUACACUAACCAAUUAACAGUUACAGCUUGAAGGGUUGGUCUCUUGUGAUACAGUGAUACAAUUUAAAAAGGCAUGAGUACAUUUUUUUAAGUGGUACACUUUCAUGAACACAUAAUACGCUCAAAAAGAGUAUAACAACUGCAAGCUAUGUAUUUUCGGCUCUAAAGUACUGCUGUUGUUCAGAAUCUAGAUAGCUUGUUUCAGCUUAAGAUAAAGGGUGUGAUUGAUUGUGUUUUUGUUUCCUAGUUUUUUGAAACUAUUUUCAAAAACUAAUUUAUAGAGAGUAAGAGUGAGGGAAGAUGUUGAAGUGCAAAGAAAAAUACGAGUAAUAGAAACUGAAAGUAAAAAAACAAAACAACUUAGAGAUGUUCUAGUUUUUUAUUUUAAAAAUUGAAGAGAUGUUAUUUUUUAAAACAGUUUUCAAAAACUACUUUUAUCAAACAAGUUUUCUUUGUUCUUUUGUUUUAGGAACAGAAAACAGUUUUAAAAAAAUAAGUAACAAGCAUGCCCUAGAUCUUUACUUAAGCAGUUUUAAGGAUGCAUUCCUCAUAUCAAUAUUAAUAUUAAUUUGAUACAUUGAGAGGAAUUAAUUUUCUGGGUGCUGAGCCUGCUGGCUCAAGCUUGGAGCCUAAAUAUAUAGUGAAAACAUUAAAAAAAAACCAUCAAAACUUCAAAAGUAAAUAAAUAAAAUAAAGCACAUUUCUGUAAUCACCAAUGCCAAUCCUUCAUAUGAUUUUAUUUUUGUACUGUUUAAGUAGAGUUCUCAAUACAGAAUGUGAUCCAUGGGCCAGCCAUUAAGGUCAUUUUGACAGGAGCAUGUAACAGAACAGCCUGUAUAAACAAAACAAGAUUUUCAAGCUACUUUUGAAUGGAUUCCACUGUUUAUGCACAUUCUGAAGCUACUUUUGAUCCAACAGAAAUAUCGCAUUUUCUCUAUACGCAUGCAAUGGUCAUGUUUUGUUGCUAGUGGUUCGAAAGCAUGUUCGCAAUCUCUGGAAUAUUAAAAGAACUAUUUACAAGCACUAGUGGUCUGGAUUGAACUCUUCCCAAAUGAAAAAUUGCUUACUUUUUUAUGUGAUUUUGGAGGUGGGGAAGAUAGAGAGGAUUAUAGUAUUGUAUUCUAUGGAUGGACAAUGUAAAAGCAUCAUGAUUAAUGGUAUCUGUUUUUAUUGGUCCAAAUGGUGUGGGUUGAACAUGCUGUAGAGCUUACUUACUUUGGACUUCAUUGCUACAUCUUUUCCUCCAAUUGGCCUUAGCUACCUCAGCCACUUUUACUUGCUUAUAAUGGUUGACAUUAUUGCACCAUUUUCUCUCA